GAUGUGAAGCGAAGAGUACGGUUGAAACGGGUAAAUAUGAGCGAUCGAUGUUAAUUCAGGCAAUGUUCGUUUCUGGUGUAAUAGAAAUUCAAGUUUUCUGCUUCAACUUUUUGUCGAAGCUUGCUGUGAAACUAGCAGGCAAAGAAAUUGAAAUUCCCAUCCACAUUUUUGUCAACUGCUAUGUGAUUUUCGGUAGUGCUGUGCUACCUACUGUCAAUUUAAUUUUCGUCAAACGAUUUCGUAACAGCGUCAAACAAGCAAUUCUAGAAUUGUUGUCAAAGAUUAUGAUUAAGACGAGAAUGUUUACUGUAGUACAUAUUGUACCCAAGACGAAAAUUCAUUCAAUUUUUACGUAA